AUGGUGGACUACUACGAGGUGCUGGGCGUGCCUCUGCGGGCCUCGCAGGAGGCCAUCCGGAAGGCGUACCGCAAGCUGGCGCUCAAGUGGCACCCCGACAAGAACCCCGAGAACAAGGAGGAGGCGGAGAGGAGGUUCAAACAGGUGGCGGAGGCCUACGAGGUGCUGUCGGACGCCAAGAAACGCGAGGUCUACGACAGAUGGGGCCAGACCAGGACGGGCGGCGGGGGUGGCUGCGGUGGCGGCUGCGGCGGUGGCGGCCGGCACUUCGAGGACCCCUUCGACUAUGUCUUCACCUUCCGCGACCCGAGCGAGGUCUUCAGGGAGUUUUUCGGAGGCAGGGACCACUUUUCCUCUGAUUUCUGCGCAGGUCCAUUUGAGGGCAUUUUUGGGUGUCGGAGAAGCUCGCGAAGAGGCCGAAAUAGAAGGUCUUCAUCCCUUUUCUCCACCUUCAGUGAAAUUCCAGGUUUCGGGGGUGGUUUUCCUACUUACGAUGCAGGGCCUACUUCCUUCGGUUCCAUGGACGGUGGAGGCCGCUUUUCCUUCUCUGUGUCCUGUGGGAGUGGCAGGACCUGCAACUUCAAAUCCGUGUCCACUUCCACGGAAAUACUGAAUGGCAAAAAAGUCACCACCAAGAGAAUCCUCGAGAAUGGCCAAGAAAGGGUGGAAGUGGAGGAAGAUGGGAAGUUAAAGUCUCUGAUAAUAAAUGGCAGAGAGCAGCUGUUGCACGUUGACACCAGUUAA